AUGUCUGACGAUGUCGACAUUCAGCAAGAAAUUCUGCAGAGAACUCUGCAGGAGGUAGUGCAGGAGGAGAAUGAUGAGGUGGCUAACCCAUGUGUCAUUUGUCUGGAGCCCGUCUCAGAAAGCGCUCUCGCCGUGCCUUGCCAGCAUGCGAAUUUCGAUUUUUUAUGCCUUAUGAGCUGGCUCGAACAGCGCCGCACUUGUCCCCUUUGUAAGAGCGACGUGCAGUCGGUGAAGUACGACCUCAACUGUUCGGAAGGCCCAAAGAUUUACCAGCUACCUGAGCUUCCUCCUCCAACCACCAAUACCCAAUCCUCUACAACACAUUUCCCGCAAGGUUUUGGAACGCGACAUGGUCCUCACCGCCGACGACGCCCUCCAAGCCCGCGGCCACAAACGCCCAAUGACCCCCUUCUACGACGGCAAAAUGUGUACCGUCAUCAGCUAUAUUCGCUCCGAGUUGGCUCUAAUCGCAUUUCGCAAUAUCGCGAAUUUACCCCCGACAUGUUCAAUCGCGAAGAAGAUCUCGUUUCGCGCGCCCGCAAAUGGAUACGGCGUGAGUUGAAGGUCUUCGCUUUCCUGAACACAGAGUCAGAGACCGAGACAGGCUCACUCAGGGACCGGGUGACUCGGCCUGGGCAACAGAGACUAGAGAACCGCCGGAGCAAUAACGCCGAGUUUCUUCUGGAAUAUGUCAUUGCUAUUCUACGCACUGUGGAUAUUAAAGGUAGUGCCGGUCAGGCUGAAGAUCUCUUACGAGAUUUCCUAGGGAGGGAUAACGCACGCCUUUUUUUGCAUGAGUUGCAGGCCUGGCUUCGGAGCCCUUUUACGUCCCUGGAGGACUGGGAUCGCAAUGUCCAGUAUGAGGAUGCAGCUCCCAGAGUCGGUACUAGUACAGGUCGUCAGGAUCCAUUGACAUCCGACCGGACAUCGACUCCUGUGUACCGGGGUCGUGGGCGCGGCUUCCGCGAUGGCGUGACAAAAUCUCACUAUCUACGAAGACCACAGCACCAAGGGAGAUCCAAUGAUCCCUUGGCGCGGGCAAGGAGGUUGCAACAUGCGCGGAAUCGAUACGCUCCUGACUAA